UCCUACUUCCUACGCAAACACAAAAUUCACUACCUCCGUCAAUAACCGUUAACUACCAACUACAACAAAGAAUGUUAGCUAUUCAAACGGGACCGAACAUCAUAUAUUGAAUUGAAUUGUGGUUCUAACUCUAUCAACCUUGUCAAACAUGUUCCUUCCCUCAUGCCAUUGCUCACGCUUUUUCUUUCCCUUUUCUUUCGCAAUUUAGUUUUCUCUUUCCUCUUUUCUUUUCACUUCCAUUAAAUGCACAAGUUUCAUUUUUUUUCAAUAAAAAAUAAUGGGUUGUUGUUACAUUACUUUUUCAUGUUAAUAAAAUUAAUGGGUAGUGUUUGAUUUGUGUUUUUUUAAGAUAAAGUUUUGAUUUUUAUACUGGGUUUUCAAAAUGUGGAGUAGAUGGAAUAAUGGGUUAUUGAGAAAAAGGGUGUGUUCUAUUUUCAAUGGAAAUCAAAAUCAUGUUUUUGGUGGAAAGAUUCAAUCUUUUGAUCCAUUUUUGUUGAAUUUAAGGGAUUUUACAAUGGAAUGUGGUGAAAAGAGAAAAGGGGUUACAUAUUUUUCAGUUGUUGUGAUGAACCAAAUGAAAAGAAAUGUAUCGUCUUCAUCAUUUGUUUCUUCACCUAACAAGGAUUCAUCUGAGAAUGUUAAUGGGAAACAAGAAGCUAUAUCUUUUUCUGAAGCUAAGAAACUUAUGAGAUUGGUGAAUGUUGAAUCUCUUAAGUUGAAACUUGGUACGGAUGGGAAAGAAGUUAUUGCUUAUAGUGAACUUGUUGAAGCUUGUGAGAGUAUGGGUGUGGCUAGGAAUUCUGAUGAAGCUUCUGCAUUUGCUAAGGUUUUGGAUGAAGCUGGUGUUAUUCUUCUCUUUAGGGAUAAGGUUUAUCUUCAUCCUGAUAAGGUGGUUGAUCUGGUUAGAAGAGCAGUUCCACUAGCACUGACCGAAGAAAACGAUCCAUUAAGAGAAGAGUUAAGCAAGCUACUCAUAAAGAAAGAGGAAAUCGAUGUUUUAGCACAUAAGCAGAUGCGUCGAGUCCUUUGGUUCGGACUUGGUUUCGGCAUCGUUACUGUUAGUCUCUUUUUCAGGCUAACAUUUUGGGAAUUCUCAUGGGAUGUAAUGGAGCCUAUUACAUUUUUCACAACAGCAACCGGCUUAGUAAUCGGCUAUGCCUACUUUUUAUUCACUUCAAGAGACCCUACAUACCAAGAUUUCAUGAAGAGACUCUUUCUUUCGAGGCAAAGGAAGCUUUACAAGAGGUAUAACUUCGAUGUUGGCAGAUGCAAGGAGCUUCAACACAAGUGUAAAACACCUUUAGAUGCGAAAACCAUUUUGAAAAAUCGAAUAGGAGUUGAUGUCGAUCUCGAUGAUGCUUUAAACAAGGAUUAACAAUUUUCAGGCGGUUUUAUAAUUUUUAUUCAAAAAGAUCGAUCUUUUUGUCCUUACUGAGUUAAUUUUGUUCCCCCUCUAUUUUCACAUUGGUGGGGAGAAGCUUAUUCUAACUUUUGUUCUGGCUUGUAACUUGUGAGCCACCAUCUUUUUUCCUUCUUUAACUGCUAUAUGUACUUUUAAAUACAAAAGAAUAUUACAUAUACUUCCAUUUAUUGAUAGCA